CACCCCAUCACGCACAAAGCAGCCAGCAAGCCACUCAGCACCGAGAGCCAAGACACAACAGGCCGUUCGCUCACACUCGCUGCAGAGUAGUCCCGGUCUCAGCGCCCGCUCUCCCGGCUGGGCUCACCCGCUUUCGCGCGUAACGAAUGGGCAAGCGCAGUCGGCGUCCCGUCGCCGCCGGCACGCCCUCACGGCGUCGUCGACCCGGCGACAGCGCGCCCGCCUCGCCCGCGCCGCUCCUCGUCGCCGGCGGGCGUGGCGGCGGCGCCCCUUCCGCCGCCGCCGCCGCCGACGCCGCACGCACGCGGCUCGCCUCGCUGCCCGCAGAACGGCGCCGCACCGUGCAGGCCGAAGAGUCGGCGUUUGCCAAGCUCGGCGCCGACCGCCUGGCGCAGCUGGCGCUGCUCGCCACCUAUGCGCCCCUCGCGCGGCCCGUGGCGCCUGCGCUGGCGUGCUUUGCCUCGGCGCGCCUCGAGCCGCCGCCGCCGCUGGACGGGGAGGAGGAGAGCGACGAGGACAACUUGCAGCUGCGGGUGCCCAGGCGGCCGCGCUGGCACGCCGAGCUGGACAAGCGCGCCGUCGAGGCCAACGAGGCAUCGGUGUUCCGCCAGUGGCUCGCGCACUCCGACGCCGUCGUAAGCGCCGCCUUUGCGCGCAUCCUGCCGCCGCCGCCGCCGAGCCGCAGCGCGCUGGGCGCGGCCGAGGUGCUGCGGCAGACGCCCAAGGCGGGCACGGCUGUCAUUGGCAGCUUGUAUGAACGCAACGUCGAGGUGUUCCGCCAGCUGUGGCGCGUGUGCGAGCGCUCCGACAUUCUCUGCGUGCUGCUCGACGCGCGCUGUCCGCCUCUGCAUCUGCCGCCCUCGCUCGUCGCCUACCUGCAGCGCUUCGGGCGGCGGCGCACGCUCCUCGUGCUCACCAAGGCCGACCUGGUGCCGCCCGCCAUCGUCGCCGCGUGGGCCGCGUGGCUGCGGCGCACGUACGAAUGGCGCGUCGUCGCCACGGAGAGCUAUGCGAAGCUGGAACGCCUCGAGGGCCAAGGCCAGCGCAUCAGGCACAUCCCCUAUCUCUCGCCCGCCUCGCGCGCCGCCCUCUUUGCGGCGCUGCGCGCCGUGCAUGCCGACCUCGUCGCGCCGCCCGCCAGCGUGGCGGGCGAUGCGCGCCGCCUGGCAGAGUGGCAACCGCCGUGUCUGGCCGACGUCGACUGGCGCGCCCUCGAGGCGAGCGCGGCGCGCAUGGCCGACGGCGGCGGCGGCGCGCCGGAGCCAGACGAGGCGGCGCCGCCGCCGCCACCGCCGCACGGCGCGCAGAAGGCACAGCAAAAUGCAGCGGCGACGGGCCAGGCGCCGACGCUGGAGCGCCAGCGCCCCACGAGGGCGAAGCAAUGGCUCACGGUGGGCCUCAUUGGACAGCCAAAUGUAGGCAAGAGCUCGCUGCUCAACGCGCUCUUCGGCGCCAAGGUUGUGCGCGCAAGCAAGACGCCGGGCAAGACGAAGCACUUCCAGACGCACUUCAUCGGGCGCACGCUGCAGCUGCAGGACUCGCCCGGCCUCGUGUUUCCCUCGUACGCCGGCAUGGAGACGUGCGUGGUUGUGUGCCAUUCCUGCCUUGCCCCCUUCAGGAGAGGGUGUGGGCCGUGGAAAACUGACACAUAGGACGCGCUCUCUCUCUCUCUCUCUCUCUCCCACAUAAAGCCAGGUCUUCGGCGCCAUCCUGCCCAUCUCGCAAGUGCAGGCCGUGUCGACGUGCGUGGCGUGGGCGGCGGCGCAUCUGCCCCUCGAGCGCAUGCUGCACCUCGAGCUGCCGCCCAGCGACGACGCGGGCGGCGCGGGCAGUGGCAGCGCCGCGGCCCCGCGGCAGCCCGGCGAGGCCGCGCCGCACGAGUGGACGGCGACGCGCAUCCUCGAGGCGCUGGCUCGCAGGCACAACUACAAGACGGCAAAGGCCGGCCGCUGGGACUUGAACCGUGCGGGCAACGGCCUGAUGCGCUCGCUCGCCGAGGGCCGCGUGCCCUGGGCCUUCCGGCCGCCGCCGCCGCCCAUGGCCGACGCCGCCGCCGCCGCCGC